AUGCAGACCCCCACAAGCAUACAUACCCUGCUCCUUUUCCUUCUGUUUUCUCCUCUUUAUUUCUUUUUCUCCUUCUCUUUUCUCUUUCUUUUCUCCUUUUCCUCUUUCUUUCUUUUCUGUUUAUUCAGUUCCUUUCUUUCCCCUUCUCCUCUUGCUUUCUUUUUUCAUAUCUAUCUUCAUAACUCUCAGUUUCAUUGUUUUUAUCUUUUCUUUUUUUUAUUUCUUUUUUUAAUUCAUUUCUUUCUUUUAUCUUUCUUUUUUACAUUUACUGCUUUUUUUUUCCUUCUUGCUCCUUCUAUUCAUGAAAGCAUCCUUUUUUUUUUUUGUGUGUGUCUUUCUCUCUCCCUUCCUCAUCUAAUUGUAUUUCUGAUGCUUUUUCUUUAUCUAAUAUUUGAUAUUUAUUUCUCCUUAGAUUCAUACAACAUGAAGCCAAAUGAGGAUUUCUUCUUUCCUCUUUUAGAAAAAUUAAUGGAAGAUAUUUUAUGUGGUUCUUGUUUUGCAAACUACUGCCUCUAA